CCACACACAACCAACCCCAAUCACCCAUGGAGUCAAAUUCCACCCAGCGAGUCUCUCCCUUCCCACCCACUCCCCCGACCCGCGCACCAUGGGUCGACGAAAUCCAUGGCAAGAGCUACUUCUUUAUAGACAAGCCGAUGUUCGAGGACCUCAUAUCUCAGAGUGCCUUCGUGGAACAUGCCACCUUCAGUGGGGACCAGUAUGUGACGAGCAAAAGAACAAUCUCGGAUCAAAUAGAGAAAGGACCCGUGGUCGUGCUAGACAUCGAGAUGAAUGGUGUGAGACAGAUGAAGGCAAAUCCUAGUAUCGAUGCUCGUUAUGUUUUUAUUUGAGCCACCGAGCUUUGAGGCGCUCGAGGUACGGCUUCGGGGGCGAGUAGGGAGUUGGAAGGGUUUGUGUUGCGGGUAGGUGCGCUUAGUUUGUGUUCUGUUG